GCACUCUGCGAGUCACCACCACAACAUCGCCGGUGAUGGCCUCUCUGCACGGAGCGCGCGCAUGCGCAGGCUUAACAAGUCAAAACAAACCUCAGAUCGAUCAUCACGGCGUCGAUCAGCCACUGCCAUUCUGGAGACCGCGAUGCAUUGCUCCGCCGUGCUCUUGUUCCUCCUCGUCCUCCCCCGACCCCGUCCAGCCGCGGCCGUCGGCGCCUCCGCCCCCGCCCCCGCCCCCGCCCCCGGCAGGAGCAUGAGCAUCACGCCGUCCCCCCUCCUGCCGUGCCUGGAGGAGGUGCUGCCGUGCACGGCGUACCUCAAGUCGGCGGGGCGCCCCGCGCCGACGUGCUGCACCGCCCUGAGCCGCGCUGCGGCCACCGAGAUGCCGUGCAUCUGCCAGCUGCUCGCCGACCCGGGGAUGCUCGCCGACUUCAACGUCACCAGAGAGCAGGCGCUGGCGCUGCCCGCACGCUGCCGCCUCCCCGUCGGCUGCCGCGACAGCUCCGUCGGCACGCCCGACCCAGUUGUGCAGGCGCCGCCGCCGCCGCCCGCCGUUCGGACGGCGCCGCGCAAUACUCACGCCGGCGAUCCGUCGGGCGGCGACCGGUGCUGGACAGGAAGCGCCUGGCGCGCGGUCUGGACGAUGCUGUUUGGCGAAUUGUUCUCGUUUGGUGUGUUGCUUUAGGCUUCUUGGACGACCGCGCGAAGCCGUUGGGACUGAGGAGCGUUCUGCUCGCUGCAUUCAGCUCAUGAUCGUGUACACUUGCAGAUAGUUUGUUUGGUCUUCACAUUUUCAGGGUAGAGCCUCUAGGUCUUUCGUGCUAGGAAAAUUCACUGAUUGUUGCUUAUUAGCUCAUUUAAAUGAGCAGUGCUACCAAUAGUGGUUGGGGCGCGUCAUUGCGUGUCGCAUGAGAUGAAGCUAUGCGCUUAUUUCA